UUCCAUAUUCCUCUUCCUUUCUGAUAGUCGACCGACCCUCCCCCCUCCCCCGGCCCUAUCUUAUCCCACCGUAAUACCCCCCCCCUCCAGGCCUCGACUCGACCCGACCCGACUUGACCUUGUCGUCCACUCCGUGUCUGUCAUCACCACCAUCAACAUCAUCACCACCACCCAUACACAGUCACAGACACACAUCCAAGAUGGCUUCCACAUCCCCCGCCACCAACGGCGACGCCGCGCCCGCCAACUAUGACCUCGUCCUCAAGCUCGCUCCCCAUCUCGACCGCCACAUGAUCUUCCCCCUCCUCGAGUUCAACGCCGGCCGCCUUAAGGAAGAUGAGACCGACAAGGCUCGCGAGAUCCUCGCCGCCAAGUACGCCCUCCUCAAGAAGACCAACAUGACCGACUACGUCGCCAACCUCUACUGCGAGCUCGAGGGCCUUAAGGAGCCCCCCGCCGAGUACGCCGAGCGCCGCCAAAAGGUCUUCCACCAGCUCGAGAAGUACGAGCAGGAGACCGCCAAGAUCACCGAGCUGCUGCAGCGCGACGAUGUCGUCAACAACCUGCGCUCCGACAAGGUGGCCAACUUGGAGUUUUUGAAGAAGGAGCACGACGUCACCAUCGACAUGGUCAACGCCCUCUACGACUUUGGCCAGCUCCAGUACUCGUGCGGCAACUACGCCGACGCCUCCGAGCUCCUCUACCGCUUCCGCGUCCUCUCCACCGACAACGACAAGGUCUCGUACGCCACAUGGGGUCGUCUCGCCUGCGAGAUCCUCAGCAUGAGCUGGGAGUCCGCCAUGGAGGAGCUGCAAAAGGUGCGCGAGAGCAUCGACACCAGGCUCGCCAACAACCCCCUUGCUCAGCUCCAGCACCGCACCCAGCUCGUCCACUGGGCCCUCUUCCCCCUCUUCAACUACGACAAGGCCCGUGAGCCCCUCCUCGACCUCUUCUUCAACGCCGGCUUCAUCAACACCAUCCAGGCCAACUCGCCCUGGAUCCUCCGCUACCUCACCGUCGCUGUCAUCACCAACCGCGGCCGCGCGAAGAACGCUGGUGUCCAGCAGAAGCAGAUGAAGGACAUUGUUCGCAUCGUUAAGCAGGAGGCCUACGAGUACCAGGACCCCGUCACCCGCUUCGUCCACGCCCUGUGCAUCGACUUUGACUUUGAGGAGGCCCAGCACCAGCUCGUGCUCGCCGAGGAGGUCCUUAGGAGCGACUUCUUCCUGCUCGCCCACGCCGACGACUUUGUCGACUCGGCCCGCCACCUCAUCUUCGAGAGCUACUGCAAGAUCCACGCCCGUAUCUCGCUCAAGGACCUUAGCGCCCGCCUGGGUCUCAACAACGACGACGCCGAGAAGUGGAUCGUCAACCUCAUUCGCGACACCCGCCUCGAUGCCAAGAUCGACUACAAGGAGGGCACCGUCGUCAUGAACCACCCCCCUAGCUCAGUGUACCAGCAAGUUAUUGAGCGCACCAAGGGCGGUUUCUUCAGGACGCAGGUCCUGACUGCUGCUGUUGCCAGAUAGGAGGUUGAUGAUAGCGGCAGUGGGGGGCUGACUGAUGGUGGCGGCAAAAGGAUACCCGGGUCGACACGGCAGGAAAAGAGAAACGAUGAGAGGACUGGGGAGGAUUUAAUGUGGCAGGGGCUCAAUCGCAAGGCGAGGAGGUGGCACUGAUGUGUUCGUCGAAUA